AUGGCGAGGAAAGCAAAACAACACGUGACCGCCGCCUUACCGAGACGCUCACACACCGAGACGGGGCGGGGCGCGGCCGCUGCCGGCACCGCCCCGCAUUGGCCGGCGAGCCGCGCGAAGGACGUCUCCGCCCGCCAAUGGGACGGCGGGGCGGGACUUCGGGUGCGAGGCGGCGUCCCGCCGUUGGGCGGUGGGAGUCUCGUCCCCCUCCCCCCUCCCGCCCCUCCGCGGCGCGCGCCUUCCCGCCUGCAACCUCGCGCCCCCCUCAGGCGCCGUGGAACCCGCCUCGGUCGCUGGGCGCACACAGCCCGGAGGGUGCCGGGGGCGCGGGCACGGCGGGGAGAGCCGGUGCAGCCGGCGGGGCCCUGUGCUGAACCGCGUCAUCCAUCGCAGCACCGACGGGAGGGAUGGGGGGGGAGGGGGGGCAUUGGCGUAUCUCGCCGCGGCCAUCAGGUGCUGCCGCCCCGCCUGCCCCCAGGAGCGGAGCUUACGGGCCUGCGUGCGCGCCAGCCACCCCCCGCACACCCACGCACACGCGUGUGUGCGUCAGCCUCAGCGCACACGCAGGAGCGGCGGCUCCCGGCCCCUCCGCCGCCGUGCGCACCCUCCUCCGCCCGGUGUGUCAGCCCCUGCCCACGCGGCACGCAGUGCGCCCCCACGCUCCCCCCCACCUCACGCACUACCAUUUCUCUUCCCCCGCCUCCAAACACUCGGGGAGUCACCGUCCCCUCCUCUACCCCCCUGCCGCUCGCCCUCGGGGCCCGGCUGUUCCCGCCGCCCACAGCGCCUAUUUACGUGCGGCGACGAACUGCCACCUGGGGGAGCAGAACGGGGCAGGGGGGCACUGUUACUCGAUUUUAUUUAAAUAAUUUAUCAGGGCGUUUCGCUUUAGCAGUGAAUAAAAGCAGCGUCCGCGCUUCCUCUGGAAACGACCCCGGGCGGGGGAUCACAGCACGGCGAGGCCAUUGGGGAACGAGCCGCGGAGGGGGGAGCGCGGUCCCCGCCUCCCUCCACCGGGCUGCCUGCUCCCCGCUGCCGCCUGCGGUGCGCGGAGUCUUCGCGCGUCCCUCCCGCGGGGCAGGGGCUCGCUUGUUUACCGGGGGACCCACGCGUUAGUCACUGGGCCGGCCGUGCCCGGGGAUCAAUGGGCGCCUUUCUCUCCCGCCGCCGGGGGGAGGGGGGAAGGCGGGAGGGAAGAGAAGUAACCGGAGAUCUGAGGCACCGACGUCUCAGCAGGAGCAAGAAAAGCGCGUCUGCAACGUGCAACUGAUCCAGCGGGCAACCUUGGACAAGGUACCUGUGACCUCUGUGCCUGAGCGGCUCCUCGCAGGAAGCGGUGCACACAAUCUUUGCUGGCCUGGAUAAGGAGUAACAGUUGAAAGGGAUGUGCUUCAUGUUUGGCUUGGCUGUUGCCUUCUACCUGUUGCCAGGAUCACAGAGCUGAUGGUAGUGGAGCCAUGGGAAAAAAGCGUAGAGAAAGAUUAUGUGCGUCAGCAACACUUUCUUAUACUAUCAAGAGUACAGUUAUCUGUUCCAGCAAAAUAGAGUGAUUUAUAUUUUGAUGUCCUUGAACUUCUACACAAACAGGUGAAGUCAGUUUAUUCCCUCACACAUUUAUUUGCAUACUUCUGAUACAGUGUCAUUCUGGUUAUACAUUUCAUAACCUUACUGUAAGAGGACGUGAACUCCCAUCAGCUUCUUUCUCUCUAACCUUUCUCAGCUCCUUUGAGUGCUAAUGUACCAUGACUGUGCUACUACCAGUUGUGAAGUCUGUGUUAUUUGGAAGGGAGGAGAGGCCAUCUUUCCAGGUAGUUUUAUAAAACAGCUUGUUGACACUACUCAUUAGUAACACCUAACAUGCUUUUCCCCCCCUAUAGCAAGAGUAAUGCGAAGGGAUACAGUGCCUGCCAAUUUUCUGCUAUUUUUCUUUUUCCCCUGGUGCUGUGAAAACACUUACGAGUGGCUUUGUACCUGAGGGAAAGAAAUUGAGAAAUCAUAGACUCUGAAAAUACUUCUUUUUUAAGUAAAGAUUAGUCGCCUGAGCGAAUAUUGCACCCACAGAUUUCCAGAGAAUUCCAGGUUAAAUAAACUGGGGUUCCAGUUAUGCAACUCAGUAAUUCUUAAAAAUUAAUAAUACUUUUAUUGUUCUUUUUACAUAUGUACUGAAACAAUGUACAUGUUACUAGCUUGUAUAUUCUUAUAUGUGAGGGGAAUAAAGCUGAAGAAAAUCUGAAGUAUGCCUUAUUUCCAGUUUGUUACUUUUUGUCGAACAGGUGGAUAUUUUUCUAAAUUUAGAUCAUUUCUUCCUUAAAAUUUCAAGUGGCAAGUUCAGAACCCUAUAGUCCACAAGCAGGUAGAUACGUUGGGAAUAUUUUGGAGAAGACACCGAGCAAAGUUCCCGUGGUGUGAACAGGGAAUCAGUUCUUCCCCAGGUGACAGCUGUACCCCAAAAAAGGCGGGCUUGGGAACGCGGGUUUGGAAGCGCGCCUCGAUUCACCAGCGUGUCCCCAGGGGGCCGGUGCUUCGGGCUCCGGCGGUCGGCCCAGGCGGGGGGGUCCUCGGGUCACCCCCUUUUCCCCCCCCCACGGUCGCUCGGCGAGGGGAGCGCACUUCUCCGCUGGGUUGCGCGCUUUUCCCGUCUCGCGUGGGAAUCAGCGCUGUUGUUCACCCUCCCCGGGGGCAAUCCCGGGAGAGGGGGAGUGGGGGGCGGUACCAGCUCCUGCCCCGCUCCCGCCCCACUGAUGCGAAGAUUACGCGCUGGGGGUUGAGAUGCGUCAGCGCGUCGCAAUCAGCAGGAUUUUCUUCCUGGAACAUCUUUUGUUGUUGUUGUUGUUUUGGGUUGCGGGUUUUAUUUUGGUUUGGGACUUUUUGACACAUUCCCGCCUCCUGAGCGCGUCGGCGUCCACGGAGAAGGCGCAGCGCCCCCCGCAAUCCCGGGGACAGCCCCGGGGUUCCCCCCAAACCUUCCCCCCCACCCCGCUCCACCUCUUGUGGCCGCGGGGGGCGGGCGCGGCGCCCGUGCGUGCUGCCCCCUGCCGGUGCGCGCUGACCGCCGAGCGGCGGGAAAGGGACACGGAGGCGCUGGGAGCCGGGGAAGCAAAAGCUCCCGCCCACCCUUAGGGGCUCUUCCGGGACGCAGGCGAUUUUGUAAUGUACCUUUCUGACCUGCCUGGAGAGCCAAGAUGUAGGAUCUUUCAGGGUAUUUCUGUUCCAGAAGAGACCAAAGAUACAAUUCAAUAUUUCUUUGAUGCAAUAUUUACAGAAAAUUUGCAAAGGCCUAUUUGUCCAAACACAGUGGGACUCCAGCAGAAGAGGGGGUUUUGUGGUCUGCUUUCACUCACUCUUGUUUCUUUCCAGGUAGCAAUCUGUUUGAAAAUCUAUUCAUUUAUUUCUUUCCCUAGGCACGUUACUCCAGCCUCUCUUUCUGUUUUUUUCUUACUGCUCUUGGAAGCUGUUUCCCAGCAAAACAAUCCCAGGCAUUCAGCUUUUCCCUCUGCCCUACAAUUCCUUUGGCUAUUUGUCUUUGUUUCAGAUGGCCUUUGCAUCUGCUUUAGGUAGUAACCCUUUCUCCUCUAGCCUUUUUUUUUUUUUAACUUUAGGAGGGAGCUUAACUUCCUCUGUCAUUUAUCUUGACAUCAGGAUAAUUUUGCUAACAGCAGGGGUAGUGCAGUCCUGGAGUAGACAGUCAAGGGAUUUUUAUAGAGUCCCCAUCACUGGAGCAUUUUAAGCUGCGCAGAUAUUUAUCGGGAACGACACAGGUACAGUUGUCCUGACUCAGGGCAGUGUGAUAGUCUAGAUGAUCUCAUGUUUACCUCCAGUCCUGUUUUAUUGGAUUUCUAUGAUAUAUAAACCUUAUAAAUAGCCCCAGGAUUAUUACUGCUGGAAGGGGGAAAAAAAAAUAUUCUUUUUUGGUCGUUUUCUGGCUGUUUAUUUGAUUGUGUAAAAUAAAGACUAUAAAAUUACAAUCAUGAAUUGUCAGUGUUUGGGAUAAGCUACUGCAGGAAUUCUUACUCAUGCAGAACAUUUGGUGGCCUAUGUUGUGCAGGCACAAGACCACCAGGAAGAUAAAGAGACAGUUGGGGAAACAGAGUCUCUACAGAGGAAAAUCUCAUCUGUUCUUCUCCAGUGUAGCCCUUCAGUGGAAGUUUUAUGUGAAUAAAAUGAGGAAGGCUUACCCUCGGAACAGCCUGGCUGCUUUCAAGGAGAAUUAUCAUCUGUCUGCAUUAUUUAGACAGCGUCUGGGAAACUCACUGGAGCCUCAGGCUCCCAUUGUGCUAGACAUUGUGUAGAUGAGUAAUUAAUGGUGGGCCUCCUUCUGUUUUGUUUAAUGUAUAUAUUGUACAUACACAAUGAAUUGAGGAAGGUUGCCGACGUGGGGAGCCAAGUGGGAGAAAGGCGAUUCUGCAGUCGGGUGAUCGGUGUGUCUGACAGGCGGCGGCUUAAGCUCGCCCGUGGCCUGACUGAUGGGCACUGCAGGCAUGCUCAGCAUUUAAAGGGCCGAAAAACAUCAACCUUCCAUGUUUUGUUGGGCUCACGUGAAUGGGGGAAAGCACAAAAGGCACCACGUGUGCUGAAGGAAAAGGUGGAAGUUUCUUUUUCAAUAUAUAGUUUUUUGGAAGUGUGCUUUUUUUCAGACACACAGCUGAGAUGCAACUAUUGGUUUCAGGAAUGCUAAACGUGACAACAAAGCGACUACAAAGCUAUUGGCUCUAGAAAUUUUUGCAGCUUGGUAUGCCUACAAGAGAGGUUGAAUGAAACCUCCCAGUGGGUGGGCAUCAUGGCUCAAACACCACAGCCACUGGUACAGGAUCUGCCACUGAUGGCUGUGUUGUGGGGCAUAAGAAGGAGGAGUGGGUAUCUCCAAUAUCCUUGUUGUAGCAAACACUACCAUGGUUGGAGGCAAUUUAUGUGUCUAAAUAAUAAUAAUAACUUGCUAAAAAAUUACUGUCAAGUAAUUCCCACAAAAAGGGGAAAAAAAGAUUCAUGCAUGUUCUGCUGGUUGCUCAUGGAUGCAAAACAAAAUGGUCACUUAAUGUUAAUAAAAUAUUCAUGUGGACAUUGCGUUUUCAUUACUGAAGUGGGAGACCACAAAAUCGAAUACAAGUGAAGAGUGUGCUUUCAGUUAAACUGCUGAUUAAGCAAAGGAACAGCAUUUGUAACAGAAGAGAAUGAGGUAGUCACGGCAAAUGAACAUGUUUUUAAUUUCAUCUCUUGCAUUUAAUCAUACAAGAAGGGAAUGUUUCUGGGUGCCUCACUUUAUUCCUACAUGCUUCUGUUUUUUAUGAUCUCAUCUUUCAGUUCUGUUCUUCACUUUGUCUUUGUUUUCUUCCCAGUGUCUUUAUUGAUAUGCAGCAAAGAAGAUUUCAAGUAUUUUCCCCAAGACCCUCAGGAGAUGUGCAAUGUCCCUUGGAUUGCUCCUAAGUCUAUUCAGAUCAUCUAACAAGGAGAGAUAGACUGUAUAUUGGAAGUUCAGAAUGCAUCUUCUUUCUGUGACACGAGGGGAAACCUAACUGGUUUUGGCUAGGGAUUUGCUGGCUUUUAAAAUCUUUCAAGGCUACAGAAGUAGAUUUUUUUUAGAGGUGCAUAACUCCAAACACAGAUAUUGCAAGAGUUGCUGUCAUCUCUCAAAAGCAGCUGUCAUGGAAGUGGAUGGGUGAGCUAAGAUUCAGACCACCACCUUAUGGUGACCAAAAAAAAGCAAACCGUUUCUUCACCUGGACUUCUCUAAUGACCCAGAAGAAGCCCCAGAAAUGAAGCUUCCUAGGGGUAUCUUUUUUCUUACUACCAUCCAGUGAGCUGAAAGGGCCUUUCGUUUCUAGUAGAAAGCGUUCUGAGUUUGCUUGCUAACCAAAACUUCUCGUGUCUUAACUAACGUGGACCUGGUGAAAAAUCCUUGGGCUGCGCCAUAGUGUGGUCCUUGGUUUACCUUUCCCAGUUGAUGUAUCUACCCAACAGUUUCUCCUGAAAUGAUUUCCUGAGAUGAUCUGCUUCUUUGUGACAAAAUGACCUUCUUUGCCUUGUUUAGAAAGCUGUAAGCACAAUGAAUGUGCUAAACAUGUAACUGUAUUGCAGUGGUAUAAAUUGCACAGAUGCGAUUUAUUGAUUGUGGAAAGAUCAGAUAGUUUUAAAGUCAAUGGUUGGCUGUCAAGUUGUUAAUUGAACAUUUGCUGAAAAAUGCCAGUGGGUAAGUGAUCUAGAUAUUCAUGCAGGAUAAUCAAGUUUUGAAACUACAGUUGUCUGCCACCCUCCUGUGUUGGCUGUAUUUAAAGAAAUACCAACAAGUUAAAAAUCACACUCCCCAAAAUGUUCACACUCAGCUUUUUUUACAUUACCAAUCCUUUAGCCUGAUAAUAUUGAAAUAAUUUUAUAACCUAAUUUCAUUACUUGUUGCUUUUUUACUUUCAGUUGGGGAAAAAGAAAGUUGGUUGUUCCGUUUCUCACUUUCGGAGGCUGUCUGUAAUUAAUUUUGAUUUGCUCUUCCAUGUGCAGAUUCAACUUUGUAACCAUGCUGCACAUACACAUCAAAUUAACAUAUUACUUUAAACAAAUACCUUGCUUCCAGUUGGAUUUUGAGAAUUUAAAACAAUCUUAAAAUCUUACAUCUUACGAACAGUUCCCUCCUGAGUUCUUUCAGUAAGACUCGGGAACUCGCAACAAUUGGUGAGGCUUCCUUCUUUUUGAACACAAACUCACAGAACUGACAAUAUUUUGCCUGAAGUUCAUUAGUUUCAGUAAAUUAAAUUCUGUCCCUCAUUAUAAACAAGCUCAAGAGAAUACACUUUUUUAGUACUGUAUAGACUAUGGGUUUUUGACAUAGAUGCGGCAGCUAUACUCUGUAUUUCCAGAAGAGAAGUCUAUAGAAAAUGAUAACAGUCCACAAGGCCUAUUUUUUCUCAAGUAGCACAUUCCAUUGUAUUGAUUUUCUUGGAUACAUUUUAAGGCUUAACGAGUCACUUAAGAGUAUAUAUUCACAAUUCAAGUUGUAUUUGUUAUAGCAGCAUGGAUUUUAAAUCAAACUAUAGAGUUCAGUGAUCUGAUGUCCUCAACACAAAAAACUUGUGAUUGAACUAGAUUAUAAUAUUUGAGUCUUCCUAUCCAGGUCUCAAGUGGCCAUUAAGUUAUAUCCAUAAGUGAUGGGAUAAGUGAAGAGAUGCCCUAAACUCAGCUGGAUUGAAUCUGCCUGUAUAUUUGGUGAGGUGGUCGUCAUCUCAGCUAACAAUAGCUGUCUAAAAAUUGGAUGACUAAUGCAUUUUAGCCUCUAGAGUUCCUCUGAAAGUGAUGAAAGGAGAGAUAUUAAUCCUUCCUUCAGGUAGAUCUGAAGUCUGACAGUGAGUUUAUUCACAGUAUAGUGAAUCUGGGUUUAUAUUCCUGUUGAUACUGGAGGAGGUAAUAUGUAGCCAUAUGAGGUAGGUGUUGAUUUGUACAAUUGCAACUAAUGAUUCAUUUUUUUUACAAAGAGUUAAGACAUUGACUCUGUACCGGGAAGUUUAUGCCCAUCCAGACACCAUCCACUCACCUUCAUGACAAUUAGGGCAUCUUUAGAGCUUCUGUAGAAGCAUUAAACGCUAAUGCCAGCAUGGACUCAGUAUUAUGUGCCCUGCUCGUUUAACAAAAACAUUCAACUUAUGUUAAAAUAAACAUCAAAGUUAUGUCUAA